AUGUCUCAAGUAACUCAAUACCGCUAUGCUGAUGAAUCUUCAUCAGCUGACGAAGCUUUGUUGUCCAAUGAGGGGGUCGGGUCCACGCAUGGCGUCGUUCAAGGGUCGAUCUCUAAUCCAUUCAAUGUCAAGCCGCAACUCAACCAAGAUCGCGCCAUUCUAAACAUGAAGUGGAGGCAAGAGGUCAAGAAUGCGCAGCUUGAAAACCAGGCGCUGAAAGAACAACUCCGCACCGUGGAGGAGCAAAACAAAGUACUAUCAGCCAAUAAGGGUUGUCGCAAGCAGGACACUGCCGUUUCGGAAGAUAUCGUAGCAUUUGAAGGGGAACUCAAGGUUUGUGUGAAAUGCUAUGGUCUUAUGGUCAACAUGUUCCCACCACCAGCAGCCCUGCUCAAAACAACACUUCCCAACCCUCUACCGCCAUUCAAUACAGCUGCGCAGUAUGCUACUACGGGUUCGCAGGAGCUCGCAUGUCUGGUGGAAUUGUACAACACGCUUCCUCAGCACCUGCACCACCUGGUGCCAAUGAAUCGGUUUUCGAACAUGUUUUCUAAGGCAGUAUGUGCUGGUUGUGCCUCCGAGCUUAACAAGCUCAGGAGUGCUGCGGGUCAGAUUUUCGAACUACCCCAGCAUUACUUUGCAAUCUUAUAUGCUCGUGAUGCAGAACCCGAUAUUCACCGACUACUUGGCAUCACGGGAAAAGCUGGCGAGUUGUAUCCCCUUUUGCCACCACUACUGUUUCCUGGGAACAUUGCUGACUGCACUCGUAAAAUGCUGUUUGGUAAUUGGCAACCUAUUGCUAAGGGUGGUGCUCCGCCCAAUGCAGUCAAGUGGGGUGUUACAGCAGUGACACCUGGGGCUGUGGCUUGGGCGAUUGUUGCAAACAUCUUUUUAUUAUCCCCUGACCAGGAGUUUCCCCAAGAAGGCAAAGGGAAGACCUCGCGAAUCAACUACGGCACGCUCUACGCAUUCUUGAAAGAACUUCUGCUCUGCGACUGGGAGAAGCCUCACCUAAAGGGGAUCAUCAAACACAUCAAUACCUUUGUUUUCGAGCGAACUUCUCGCCGCCCCACUCACAAUACCGAGGAUUCGGCUGACGAUCUUCAAGAAGAGAUGCGUCUCGCUUGA